AUGGCGAAGGAGGAUGGAAGAAAUGUAGUGGAGAAAGAAGUAAGAUUACAGACACAGAGUAGAGUAAUGGAAGCGGAGAUUAUUACGGAAGAAGAAGAGGUAGAACGGGGAGGAGAAGAGUCAGAGUCAGAGUCGUCAUCAUCGUCCGAUGAAACAUCCUCAUCUGACGAAGAAGAUAACAGUAAACGAGAGAUAAGAUUUACAAAUAUACUGUCAGAAAUGAUCAGAAAAACCGGAAGUAUUGUGGGAGAACAAGUGAUAGCUAACGCGGGUUUAAUAAAAUCUUUACAGAAAUCAGUGGAUGACCUGAAGAAAGAAGUAAAGAAGUUGAGAAGUGAACUUAGAGAAAGAAAGGGAAAAAAUGAAGAUAGAGGGAAAGAGAAUAAGAGACCGGAAGUACGAGAAGUGAGAGGUGAAUCAGGACCAGCAAAAGUGCAUGAGAGAAAAGAGAGAGAUAGAGAAGUCAAGAAAGACGAGAAGCGAGAUAGACCAGCGGAACAUGAUAGACGAGAGGGAGAAGUGAAGAAAGAUGAUAAGCGAGAAAGACCAGCGGAACGGGAGCGACAGAGGAAGAGUGGUGGAUGUUCGAGGGAUGGCCAUAGGCGGGGCGAGAGAGGAAGAGACUAUAUUAGAUUGUAA